UUUAUAAACCACUACAAGUGUAAAAUCUGGUUGUGGUGCAACUAGUAUUGUAACAUCUUCACAACUCGCUAGUCGUGUCUUAGUCAAAAUGGCUCGCGUUUUGUAUCUUGCCUGUAUUUUAUAUUUUAUUGUUUUCGUCUCCGCUUCAUCAGAUGACUCAAAACAGUGCAAAGGAUCGCAUGAAAUAUACAUUGACUGUCCAGCCGGUCAAUGUAACCCAAAAACAUGUCAAGAACUGGUGACUCCAUCAGGUUGUCCAAGAAUAAUACCUCCGUGCCCAGGAGGUUGCGUUUGCGAAGAUGGUUAUUUAAGAGAUAAGAAUGGAAAAUGCAUACCGAAAUCACAGUGUUCUCCAAAAUGCACGGGAGCAAAUGAAGUGUACGAAUGCCGCUCAAAAUACCAAUGGGAAGACUGUGCCGAUAGGUUCAACUCUCCUCCGUUCAACCCUGGCACUGCCGCCGAUGAAGUGUGCAGAUGUUAUUGCAAACGCGAUACCUGGAGGUAUAAUGGAAAAUGUGUCUCGGCGCAAAAUUGUCCCCAAUAAAUGGCGGUAACCUUCACUACUUCCAUCUUCAUGACGUCGUAUGCGAUGAGUACGGAAGAUCAUGAUAGAAUGUAAUAAAGGGUCGUUUUGUUUUCAUCCUUUGUGUCAUUGAUACGUAUUAUACAUAAUAUAUUAUCCUUAAAAUACUGA